UAUUAUAACCAGGAUCCUUCGCGUCAGUUGUUCGGUUACUUUGAACAUUCCUACGGCAAAUUCACUGUCGCAACUGCUUUUAGUCUAGUAACUGGCAAAGUUUUUGAAAGUUUGGUAUUUCUGUUCACAUUCAAGGUCAUCAUUGAUCGUCAGUACCGUUGAAAUGGCCACUACACUUCACAAUGCAGCACUGAAAGAUAGCUCAAAUCAGUCAAAUAUUGAGAAGCUCGUAGUAUCUGGGGAGAAGAGAAAAGAUAACGAAGUAAAAAUGCUCAAGAAUGAUCAGCUAAAGCAUGGACAUGAUCACAUUACAGAUGGACAUAGCCAUCUUAACCAUCUCCACAGUAAUCACAAGAAACAAAAGAUGACUAAUGAAGAUAAAGAGAAUAGUCACCAUAAGCACGGACGUGAAGGAAAAUGUUGGUCAGUAGAUGAUUUUGAUAUUGGUAAACCCCUUGGAAGAGGGAAAUUUGGUAGAGUAUAUCUUGCAAGAGAAAAACAAAGUAAAUUCAUUGUUGCUUUAAAAGUACUUUUCAAGGCUCAGUUGUCCAAAGCCAAUGUUGAGCAUCAGUUGAGGAGGGAAAUUGAAAUACAAUCUCACCUACGGCAUAAUAACAUUCUUAGACUCUAUGGCUACUUUUAUGAUGAAAAACGGGUAUACCUGAUUCUGGAAUAUGCACCAGGAGGAGAAUUGUACAAAGAACUGACCAAGAAAACCAGAUUCUCAGAACAGACUUCAGCAACGUACAUUGCUCAGCUGGCCAAUGCACUUAGGUACUGUCAUUCAAAGAAGGUCAUUCACAGAGACAUUAAACCAGAAAAUCUGCUUCUUGGACACAAGGGUGAGCUGAAAAUAUCCGACUUCGGCUGGUCGGUUCAUGCCCCAUCAUCCAGACGAACAACUCUGUGUGGCACACUGGAUUAUCUGCCACCUGAAAUGAUUGAAGGUGGACUGCAUGAUGAAAAGGUCGAUUUAUGGAGUUUGGGUGUUCUUUGCUACGAAUUUCUAGUUGGACACCCUCCGUUUGAGACAAAGACACACAAUGACACUUACAAACUAAUAACAGAGGUUAAGUACAAGUUUCCAGAACAUGUAUCUUUGCCUGCUAGGGAUUUGAUUAAAAAGCUCUUGCAGCAUGAUCCAUCCGAUCGAUUACCGCUGGACGAAGUUCUUCGACAUCCUUGGAUCCGAAAUAACGCUGCCAUGUUCAAAGAUAAGGUGCCCGGAGAUUGCCUACCAACGCAACUGGUUAAAAAGACGCAAGUUUAAAGCUAUCGGUGAAUACUCAAAUUUUACACGGUGUAACACUUCUGACUCAGGAACUGGAUUUAAUCCUUGUCAAUGACGUCACCUGUGAGAUUUCUGCCGAAUAAUUUCAGUUGUUCAAGGCCUGUCAACGUAUAAUGUAAAUAUUUUUUAUCCAUGCGUAUUUAACCAGUCGUAGAAUGUAGAAAAUCCUGGACAGUUUAGGGAUUGGUUUAACACUUCUUUGAACUGUUAUUUUGGAUAUUAUACAAUUCAUUUUUCAAUUUCUACAUUGGUUGAGGGGUCAAAUGCCGUGCACACCCUUCGUCUACGUACAGAGUUGAAGCUACCUUGAAGAUUAUCAAGGGUAUUCUUCAUUCAAAAGGUAAAGGGCAUUGUACCCAUUGCAUGUAUAAGAGAAGCCAUCAUUUUCUGAAUGUACACAGAAGUAUAAAACGCUGCUCUUGUUAUGUAUAUACCAGUACAUAAUAUCCUGGUCGUGGUUUGGAGCUUGUUAACUUGUUUCCAAAUUAUAUAUCCGAGCCAAACGUUUGGCAUGUCAGUACAAUGUGCGUAGUGCAACUCUAUUUUCCGUUACGGCAAAGAGCUAGCAAAUGAUUGGAAGUGGAUAAGCAGUUGCAUGCUUUUGGGAUAUCUGUGAUACUUCCAUAAUGAAAACCCCUAUCAGUAAAACCUGUUGUACUUUUCUGAUGCUAAUUCAUGCUCAUGGCUUUAAGCGUUGAAUAUCACCGUCUGUAAAAACGGGGAUAAAAUAACAGCCAUAUAUGCGAAUAGAGAAUACCAGGAGAUGCAGUUUGCCAUCUUCUUUUUUAAGUUCUUCUAGCUGCAAUCAUUAUUAAUUGAAAUUAAUUUAGCAAUUUUUUGGAAACUUCGUAUUGUAUUAUAUUUUUAUAAUUACCCUUUCUGUACUUUGUUGAUGUUCGUGCAAACUUUUUCUCGUCAA